AUGAAAACGAAACAACGAGGCAGGCGCCGCAGGUCCAGGGGCAAAGACGAUCGGGUCCUGUCUUCAAACCCGGUUAACGAUGAACGGUUGAGUAUAGGGCUUCAGUUCUUACAGUCCUCUGAAGAUGAGGAAGAGAGUAGUAAUGAGCCUCCCCUGGAGUAUCUGAAACCGACUGUUUACACUCCGAGGAAGUCGCUUGAAUUCCUCAAACCCGACGUCUAUACACCACCGGCCUCAUCUCACAACUCUUCCAGUCGUCCUAAAACCAGUGCAAGCAUGCGGCUGGCCGACACCAGAGCGAGAACCAGGUCUCCUAGGCGGGCAUGGAGGCCCCCAACUCCCCAUCCAGACGGUAGACCGCGAGGCUCCAGAUUACGACGUACACCUACUCCAAACCAGAGAGUCAUGUCAUCGGCUGGGUAUUCAGUUCCUCCGGCUUUCCCGAAUCCCACUUACAACCAGUUUCCCUCAGAACCUCCCCAUCAAAUGAUGUAUCCGCCGAUCAACUAUGCGCCACGUAUUGGGCCAUCUCUGGUGCCGCCUAUGAUGCCAUACUCGCCUCUACCAUGGCCACUUGCCCCAGCCCCGUGGUCGGCUCAUUCGGCUCAGCCAGAGGCGAUGAUGGACUAUCCGGCGGACUAUGAUAGUCAUUUUGAACAAACGGAUUGGCCUUCAUUUGAGGGAGAGGGCGGGAUGUAUUAUGCGCCACAGCACUUCCUUUAUUAUCAGCCAGAGUCACAUAUGCGACCACAAAUUCAGCCCUAUAGUCAAUACCGAAUGCAUUUGCAGCCUCCAGAAAGGUCUGAACUGUAUCUAAAUUCCCGGGGCAGUGAUUCACAGAGUGAGUCGAGGAGCCAGCCCACAGGAAGCCAGCAUGAGAAAAAAGCCAGUACAUCUAGUUCCACCAAGGCAAGCAACUCUAGCUCCGGUAUAGCUACCAAUGUGUCUGAUACUACAACCCCUUUGAAAACUCAAUUCGAUAUGAUCAAGGACCAAAUGCCUGUUGGUAAAGACCGUCAACUCCUCAGUGCUGUUUGCAGUGACGACUCGACGCAAGAAGAAGUCAAGAAAGAGCUUCGCAAGGCGGCUGACUAUAGUAAGAUCAAAGGGUUUAUCCCAACUCGACAGGCACAAAUUUCACACGAUUCUCCUCGCGGUGCGAGAGGUGCGAAGAUCAACCUUAAGCGAGAGACUACACCCCCAGAGGAGAACAAAGCUCGAGAGACUCUAAAACUGAUCGAUCCGCUCCAGAAUGCACCCAGAGGUCCAUCUUCCACGCGCCAACUUCCUCAGACGUUCAGUUCUACCUUGAAACAGAGUUUCAAUUUAAAUGGAUCUGAGUCGGGCUCAUGGUCUCAAUCCAAGAGAUGGACGAGCUUUGCUACAAAGGAACGGCAGGCUUUUCAGAAGAUGAUGGCCAAUCUGCGCUACAUGAGUGCCGACCAGUCUCCAUUUGUUCCUCAGAGCCCAGUAGAGCUGACAGCUUUCAAGGCAAAUCUGGCAGAAUCAAAGACGAGGAAGCUCGAUCAAGAGGUCAAGCAACGUCUGGCAAGGACGAACGUGGGCGUCGAUGAAGGCGCGGACACUCGAGUCAAGCCUGUUGUGAAGCUCCUCCGUGGGAAGAAAUUUGACGAUUGUCUUUCCCCCGUGUUCGCAGCCAGCAAUUGCUUCAGCACCUCACGGAACGAGCCACCGUAUGGUGCUGGAUGGCCAACCCUCACCGAACUCAAGGAGGAGGGAGACAAACGCUCCAGUCGACAGGGCCGGUGCCUGCCUCUCCCAAGGCUGGAUCUCGUUUCUCGCACAUUAUCUUCGGAAAUAUCUGGGGCUUGCAGCUCUGAUGGGGCAGUCCGUAACGAUAAGAGAACUGUUCAAGUUGGAUCCCAUUAUCUUUGUGCUGUUACGCCAGAGGAGCCUUCUAUUMCCCCGCCGAUCGAGUUGCAGUCAGACGAAGCCCAUUUCAUUCCCGCUACACUUCUUCAAUUCAUAAAUGCAAGCGAAGAUGACGCGAAAGGGACGGAAGAGGACAACGAGAAGACGAUUGGACAGGAGCAUGAGGAGAAAGCCGAGGAAAAAGGAGCAAGAGAUUGA